UUUUUUAUUGAUCAACAUUUAUUUACAAAUGAAAACAUGUCGCAUUGAAGAAAGGAAGAUAUACAGAAAAUCACAAAGAUGACCGUUCGCACGUGUCCACAUCUGCGGUAAUGGCCAGUUUCUGUUACCAGUACCUGUCCAUCGUAGCCAAUGACUUCAUCUUCUUCAGCGGGGAUGUACAGACCACCACUAUAGCAGUAGCCAUAGCAAGCUCUCUUUGCUACUCAAUAGUGUGGGCUAUCUACUAUGUUGUACGCUUGGCACAUCCUCAGCAUCAAAGGGAAAAUGGCCGUAGGAAAUCAGCUUCACCUCUUGCCUACUUACCAAAUAUGGGUGCAAAGUUUACCAUUAAAAGACCAAAAACUCCUACAACAGGUUUGUACCAAGACCUGAUCAGAUUUGAGACUGUACUUUGUAAUCAAGUGGAGGUGCCUUGUGUCAGGUGCAGUAAAAACUUGGCAGACCCCCAGUGCCGCUUUGUGACUUGUAAACUGUGUUGUUUCUGUCCCGAGGCCUGUGACAUUCACAAGCGUCCCUGUGACCUUGAAUGCCGUCCUUGUGAUCACCUUAGUGUUAUUACAGAGAUCAACCUCAGUGAGUGCCAAAUCAGUCAGUGUCCAGAAAGGAUAGGUUAUUUUGGGUCUCAGUUGUCGCUUCUAAAUCUAUCCAGUAAUGACCUUGGAGAAGUACCAGAGGAAAUUGGCUGUUUGCGUGGCUUGAAGGAAUUUUAUUUACAGAAGAAUAGCAUCAAAACACUGCCAGCAACACUAGGAUCUUUGACAAAUCUCCAGAUACUGACGGUCUCCUCUAACAAAAUUACUUCUUUACCAGAUAUUUGGUUGUCGUUAUCCAGCCUACAACAUCUAGAUGUCAGCCAUAAUGAGAUCAGUGGUGUGCCUGAUUCUGUACGACAUCUAAGGCACCUUCACACUUUAUUGUUACAGCACAACAAAUUUACAAGCAUUCCAGAUAAAAUAUGUCAGUUAAAAGAGCUACAGAAACUAGAUAUAAGUGAUAAUUGUCUGGACAGCGUACCAAAUUCUCUCGGAGGUCUGCUGAGACUUCGGGAGUUCCUUGCUUCAUCCUGUAACCUCGCUACAUUCCCAAUGUCCCUGUGUCAAUGUCCCAGCCUCCGGACCAUCAAUCUGUCAAAUAACAGAUUAAAAUUGAUUCCAGUUGAAGUUGGUCGAGUAGGGAACCUGAAGGAGUUAAACGUGUCGAGUAACUGCCUACAGUACCUGCCCGCUACAUUACAUAUCAAUCAGCUACAUGUUUGUGAUAUUUCAGAAAAUCCAUUCCUAACGGAGGCUGACAACUCCGAUGUCCAGUUGCUGACCCAGGGUCCUUACGAUACUGGGAGUGUUCCUACUCUUUUUGAGUUGGCCUUCAGGACUGUAGUAUCUGGAGACAGCUAUGAUCUUACAACAUUACCACUGAUUCUACAAGAAACUGUUGGAGAGAAGAAGACGUGUACGUCAUGUGGCGUGGUAUUCCUAAACCUGUACCGAUCCUCCCUACACUUCCGACAGUUUGCACACAGUUAUGUCCCCUUCCUGUCCCAACUCUGCUCAGCUGCCUGUGCUGUCAAUUCAUGAUAGGCUCCAAGACCUUAGUAAUUCGGAAUACAUCUGAACUACCAUACCAGGUUUGUUUACUGAUGGGAAAAAAAGUUUCAUAACUUGCUAGAUCUUGCCUCAGCAUCAUACAUUGUAUAUAAAAAAAGACUUAAUAUAUCUUUAUUUUAAUGAUAUCGAAAGUGUUAGUGACAUAUCAAUAAACCGUUUGUUUUAAUCAUUUUGCCAUAUUUAGACAGAUUUCUUUUAUUGAAAAUAUUUCAGAGUGUCAUUUUGAACAAAGAUUAAUUUUCAAGAGCCUGAUCAUUUUGAGAAAUAUGGAUGCAUGGAGAUCUAUACUCCAGAAGUGGUAUUAAUUUAAUUACAUGUGCUUAAACACACUGUGUAGAUUAAAGUAAGUUUUAGGGUUUAUGCUUAAUCAAUUAAAACUCUUUUUAGAACACUUUCCAGAGAUAGAGAAUUAAAAUAAUUAAGGUUGUUUGUUAUGGAAAAACUGCAUGUUAAUUUGAAAGAAAUUUAGAACAUUUUUCUAGUUCUUUUUAUUUUGCAAUUGUAUCCAAAUGAAUAUAAUGUAUGUAUCAUUUGUAUAUGUGUCACCUGUUAGGUCACACCUAGAUUUUAGGUGAAUUGUUGACUGAAUCUAAUUUUUUUCAAAUUGAUGUGAAUUUUUUCAAUUUUUCAGACUUUUAUACACAAGCAGCUUUUAGCUUCAACAAUAAAUUAAGAAUAAAUCUAUGUAUACAUCAGCUGUGCUGCACUGUUGUGAAGUUUUAGUAUUUUAUAUAAAUGUAUCAUUUUAAUUGGCAUUUUUAGGUCAUCAGAGAUUUUCAUUUGGCAUUUUUAGGUUACCUAAGACAAAGUCUAAGAUAACCCACUGCGACCACUUUUGGUCUGGCGUUGUGCAUCGUAAACACAAUUAAAAAUUUUUACUUCUCAUUAACAAAGACUCCCAGAGUCAUUAUAUUGGCCAAUAGCAUGCUGGAUGGAAAUGCUACUGGAGUUGUUCAAAUGAAUGACCUUGACCUACUUUCAAGGUCACAGGGGUCAAAUAUGUUCAGAUCCUUAAAUGACUUCUCAAUAACCAAGAGGUCCAGGGUCAUGAUAUGUGGCCAGUAGCAUGCUGGGAUAAAGGGCUACCAAAGUUAUUAAAAAAAUAACCUUGACAUACUUUCUAGGUUACAAGGGUUAAAUGUGAAUCUUUGAACGAUUUCUUCUCAAUAACCAAGAUGCCAAUAGCAAUAAUAGGCCAGUUUCGUGCUGGGAUGAAGGAUUCCCAAUGGUGUUCAAAUGAAUGAUGUUAUUGUACUUUUGAGUUCAUAAAUUAAAAACAUCAUCUAUCAGUAUGUAUUUCAGGUGACUGUUAAGGUCCAUGGGCCUCUUGUUUUAUAAUUCAAUAAAAGGUUGAUAGCGGGCAUAUUAUACAAUGAUUUUUCAUAAUUUACGUAUCAAUGUUUUAAUUUUACCAUGACUCUAUAUUUAUACAUGUAGCUAGUUUACAAGGUGAAGAUUGCUCAAGAUAAACAUUCAUCUGAUGAAAUAAUUUCUCUCAUUUGCUGAUCUUAUAAAACAUCAGGGGAUAUUUUCAAAGUUUAAAAGUGUAUUUCAAAUGUUUAGAUUUAAAGAUAUAGAUAUAUUUUGCUUAAAAUGAUUCUUUUAUCAAUGAAUCAUUGAAGUGAUUUAUAUCAAAUAGAAUCGAUUAUAAGCUGUUUUCAUGAUAAAUUUUAUAAUCUAUCUUUAUAUUUUACUGAAGAUCAUCAGCUGGCUUCUUCAUGAUAACAAUUUUAGAUAUAAAUCAUUGGUAUUCAGACAUUUGCCUUCCAUUGUUGACCAGUUAUAUAUUUUUAGUCCACCAUUUUGUUAAAGCUACUAUCACAUGUGUGCAUGUAUUUUAUCAAACCAUUUUAUCCAAAGUAACUGAUAAUAUUACGGUACAAACAGAGGUGUACCAGAGAAAUUAUUUUACUUCAUACACAUAACCAAGAUAUUAAUGGUUUAUUAAUGGUUACUUUUUAUCAUAAAUGAAAAAAGAAUUUUAUUUUCUAAUGGACAAGUAUUCUAACAAUUAAAAUGAUUCAAGAGCAAUUUCACUAAAAGUUGUGAAUAAUGUUUGAUCAUUAUAUACUUUGGGAGAUUGAUGGAAGAGAGGUUCAGCAUCUUAUAUUUGUUUUGAAAUGAAGCAUUCCUAAUUAUAAUAUGCUUUGACAUCUGUCAUGGUUGAUUAGUUUGAUAGUUACUGGUUUACCGUCUACAUGACUCUUCCUCACCAACUAUAGCUUGGGUAGUCAGUGUUCUGUCAGCGUUGUCAUGGUUGAUUAGUUUGAUAGUUACUGGUUUACCGUCUACAUGACUCUUCCUCACCAACUAUAGCUUGGGUAGUCAGUGUUCUGUCAGCGUUGUCAUGGUUGAUUAGUUUGAUAGUUACUGGUUUACCGCCUACAUGACUAUUGCCAGGCUUCGUCUCACCAACUAUAGCUUGGGUAGUCAGUGUUCUGUCAGCGUUGUCAUGGUCAAUCUCACCAUGCCUUCAAGUCACCUGAUUUUCUGUUAGUGGACGUAUAUAUAUCCUUGUGGUUUAAUUUGUACAGAUACAUGUAAUAUACAGUAUUUAUCUUACAAUAGGCCCGGGGACCAAAACAUAGUUUCUGAAAGUCAGGGGUAGACUUAAUACAGGACAAUGAAAUAGUAUUUGUUGGUAACUCUACUGAACAGCUAUAGACAUGUCUGGAUCGACACAUUACCAGACAGGUGUGUUAUUUUCGAAAAAAAAAUUAUAAAAAAAUGGUCUCAAUAAAAGUCAAGAAUACAAAAUGUUGUUAUUCUGUUGUAUUCUCAUGAUAAGAUGUCUGAAUCACAGUGAAUUGAUUUCAAGAUAUCUAAAAAAAAUUAUGUAGUUACAAUUUAAUAGGACUAUUGACAUAAAUAUCCUUUUUUGACUCUAUUUGUUUCAAACUUCACAUUCCAUAUUCCUUAUUUUACACAUGGUGCCAGUAUAAAGUGAAAGAAAUUUCAAGCAUAUAAUAUACACACAAAAUAAAUACAAAUUGAAACUAAUUAAAUCACAUAUUACUUAAAUAACUUGAUUUAUUCAAGAGAACAAGUUAAAUAUGUAAUGAUCAAUACAUUACAAUGCCUUAUUCAAUGCUAUUAGGCAUUAAGCAGUCUAGCCAAAUGACAAAUUUUUUGUAGGGUUGGAAUUUUUGAUGUUUUUAUUGACAUUCCUAUAUUAAAUUGACCAUGAGAGAAUCUUUUGCAUGUUUGUUGAAUUACUGUGUUUUUAGAGGUUGAGUUAAAAGGUACUGGUCAGUUUCAUGAUGUUUAUGUGUACCAGUUGGAUUCUCCAUUGAUUAAGGGGAGACAACUGGCUGUUGCAGUAUAGAGAUGUGGUUAUAAGAUGCAUAAAAUGUUGAUAUGUCCUACAUAAAACUCUACACAUAUCCAGUUAGGGUAUCAGAUGCUGUUUUACUGGCCAAGUUUUAUAUACACUGAAUUGUUACAAUAAAAGGAUUUAAAAUUUGGUAGGCCUAUAUUUCAGUUAAGUGUCUUAAACAGCAUAAAAAAAUAUAUAGAACUAUUUGCUUCACUUUUUUUAAGCAGGAAAGCUGAAUUCAUUUACCUUGUUACAAAUAUAAUUCAAAUAAAUGUGUUAUUAAAAAUUUACAAAUGUUUCCAUUAUAUGACCACAAAAUCGCCUUGUAAUGAAUUUGCACAUUAACCAUACAGACACAGCUAAUAUGUAUACAAAAUACUUCACCUCAUGUCAGAUGUGACAUUUUGUUUACAGGAAAAGCUGACAGUGUAUAAUUUCCGGUUUAAUUGAACCCCUUUUGUUUUGAAGAUUUUCAUAAGAUUUAAGGUAGCAAUGUUUCAGUUUCGCUCUAAGCUUGAGUGACCAUCAGAUUUUUUUACCCUGAUCCUGUAUUUCAAACAGGUUUCCCUUUUUUCCUUUUUUAUUAACUUGUUAUUUUUUCAUUUGUAGAAUAGUUGAGAUGAUAUGGUGCUACAUUUUGAUAUCUAGUUACUUGGAUAGACUAGCUAGAUCAGCUUUACAUACAUAAUUCUAAUUCUAGUCCUGUUUAUUAAUUUUGUGUUUUAACGAAAAUCAUACAUACAUAUUCUUACCUUCUAAGAAAUAAUUUCCCACUAAAAUUUCAUAUGACAAUAGAUGGUCCUUUCCGAGAUAAACAGUCAUGAAACAUGUUUUAAAAAGAAAUAUAUAUCCACCAAUAUAAUGAAAUGUUGGGGAUGAAAAUUGAUUAGAUAUAAAUCAACAUGGCUGAAACUCCUAUAUUCUAUAAUUUGGUGUUACAUUUUAAAGUAAAUAGAUCAUUAACUUAACAUACCCCUCCCCUGGUAUAUAUAAUAAUUACUUUGGGGAAAAACUUGUAAGAUAUUCUUGGAGUAAUAUUCCUUUGUAAGAAAUAAAACAAUAUAACAAAUCAAAACUGGUUUAGCUACAUAAUGCUAUGUACAUAAUUCUGCACAUUAUUCGGAAAUUACUUUUAUCACAUAAUGAUCAGGAGCUUGUUAUAAUAAAACGUUUGUUUGCUACACUUAAGUGGGAAAUUAAUUACUUUUAUCACAUAAUGAUCAGGAGCUUGUUAUAAAACAUUUGUAUGCUACACUUAAGUGGGAAAUUAUAAACUACAUAUCCAUUCUUUAUUUUUACAUUAACAGUGUAAUUCAUGUAGAUCAGUAUUUGCUGUUGCUACUUGUUUUUAGCUCACAUUAUUUGGCUGGUAGGUUCCUAGGAUAGAGCACCACAAAGUGUGCGAAAAGAAAUGACAUUAACCUAGUUUACGGUCAUGGGUCAAAUUUGGUAAAACAUUCAAAGGACUUCUUUUGAUGAACUGAAAGGCCUAGAAUCAAUUUCUUUUGAUUAACUGAAAGGCAGAGAAUCAUUGAAGAAGUAAAUAUCAGAGCAAGUGAUGUAGGCCCAUAGGGCCUCAUCUUAUUUUUGUUUUAUUUCAAUUUACAAAAAGCAAGGCCACUUCCAAUAGUUCAUAAUGUUUCUUGUGGAAAGGUAAAACAGUUGUUAUACAGGUACCAUGUUUGUCCUCGAGAAUGAGUGAUUAUUGUCACUAGUACUGACUAGGGUUGACUUCUGUAGACGUUAUCUCUACAUGUAUGUUGUAUUUGUACUUUGUAAGUAAUCUAAACAGAAUGUUCUGGUAAUAUUUGCAUUUGAAAUGUUAGGGUAAGAUUGUCCCCAGAAAUCUUUGUAAUUUUUUUUUAAUGAAAUGAAAGAAAUAAAGAUAAAAUUGUUACAGAAAGUUCCCUGGUUAUUUGUACACACGGUUACCUUAGACAAUAGGAGACAUUAAACUGCUGAUUCAAUUAUUUACGACUGAAGAUAAAAUGUGUACUAUCCGUCUUGUAACAAACAAGUGUUGCUUUUCUCUGCUAGUGUUAUGUGUAGUAAGCUUCAGUCUACAUACAUUACUAUGCAUUAUAACGCUGUUGAAAUCCAAACAGGUAGUGCUCUAUACAUUGUGUUGUUGUUUACAUGUAUUUCUAUAGAUGGCCUCAGGCCUUAUUGUUGUAUCUUGUUAUUUUUCUUCAUAUAAAAUGAUGACAUGGAGUAAUAAAUGUGAUGAAAAGAUA